GUACUGCUAGUUGUCAUUGCUAGUGUCUCCUUUUCUUCUCUGGAAAUUGAGUCUUGAUGGAAACCCUAGCUCUCUCAAGUGUAGGUUAUGGUUAUCGAAGUUUCUCCAUCUCCAGAUCCAAGUGGAACUGCCGUCGUCACACUCUCAGAGUGAAAUGCUGUGCUCAAUCUCCUUUACUAGGUCAUUCUCGUUCUCAUAUUUCUUUGCUUUUGCUUAUGCUUCGUUUCUUAUUAUUUUUUUUUAUACACCGUUUGUUUGGUUCAGUUGACAAUGCAGGGAAGUUUCUGGAAGCUUCCAAGAAGGGGAACGUGAUUCCUCUGUACCGAUGCAUAUUCUCUGAUCACCUCACUCCGGUGCUUGCUUACCGGUGUUUGGUGAAGGAGGAUGAGAGAGAUGCUCCUAGCUUUCUCUUUGAAUCGGCUGAGCCUGGUCGUCAGUAUUCCAGUAUCGGGAGGUACAGUGUUGUCGGAGCUCAACCGUGUAUGGAAAUUGUGGCGAAAGAGAACGUGGUUAGUAUUAUGGAUCAUGAGGAAGGGCGCAGGACUGAGGAAAUUGCAGAGGAUCCGUUGGUGAUUCCUCGUAGGAUCAUGGAGAAGUGGACACCUCAACUCAUUGAUGAACUUCCAGAGGCAUUUUGUGGUGGUUGGGUAGGCUAUUUCUCUUAUGAUACGAUGCGCUAUGUAGAAAAGAAGAAACUUCCGUUUUCUAAUGCCCCGGUAGAUGACAGAAACUUACCUGAUGUUCAUCUGGGCCUUUAUGAUAACGUGAUUGUGUUUGAUCAUGUUGAAAAGAAAGCAUAUGUGAUUCAUUGGGUUCGGUUAGAUCGAUAUUCAUCUGCCGAGGAAGCUCUCAAUGAUGGAAUGGACCGGCUGGAAACUCUAGUAUCCAGGGUGCAUGAUAUUAUUACCCCAAGGCUGCCUGCAGGUUCAAUAAAGUUAUACACUCGUCUCUUUGGUUCUAAACUGGAGAUGUCAAACAUGACAAAUGAGGAAUAUAACAGGGCGGUAUUGCAGGCCAAAGAGCACAUACUGGCUGGGGAUAUUUUUCAAAUUGUAUUAAGCCAACGUUUUGAACGGCGAACUUUUGCAGACCCAUUUGAAGUCUACAGAGCACUGAGGAUUGUCAAUCCUAGUCCAUAUAUGACUUAUUUACAGGCCAGAGGAAGCAUUUUGGUUGCUUCAAGUCCAGAAAUUCUUACACGGGUGAAGAAGAGAAGGAUCACCAAUCGGCCACUUGCUGGGACUGUUAGAAGAGGAAAAACACCAAAAGAAGAUAUCAUGUUGGAAAAAGAUCUUUUGAAUGAUGAAAAGCAAUGUGCAGAGCACGUAAUGCUAGUUGAUUUGGGGAGAAAUGAUGUUGGAAAGGUCUCCAAACCUGGUUCUGUUCAAGUAGAAAAGCUAAUGGAUAUCGAGCGCUAUUCCCAUGUUAUGCACAUAAGCUCAACAGUCACCGGGGAGUUAUUGGAUCACUUAACAAGCUGGGACGCGUUGCGGGCAGCAUUACCUGUUGGUACAGUUAGCGGAGCACCGAAGGUGAAAGCCAUGGAGUUGAUUGAUGAGUUGGAAGUCGCAAGACGAGGGCCAUAUAGUGGGGGAUUUGGAGGCAUUUCUUUUACUGGCGAUAUGGACAUUGCCCUUGCUCUGAGGACCAUAGUUUUCCCUACUAAUACUCGUUAUGACACAAUGUACUCCUACAAGGAUAUGAACAAACGCAAAGAAUGGAUUGCCCAUCUACAGGCUGGAGCUGGAAUCGUAGCUGACAGCGAUCCAGCUGAUGAGCAAAGAGAGUGCGAGAACAAAGCUGCAGCCCUCGCCCGUGCCAUCGAUCUUGCAGAAUCUUCUUUCGUUGAGAAAUGAUUUGGAUUUAUCCACAUUAUCUGCUAUGCACCUUUGGUAUUUGGCACGCAUCCUUUCUAUAAGGAAGAGAGGAAAUUUAGAGUGGCAUAUGAUAUGAUUUUAAUAAUGAAGGUAUAAGGAGAAUCCUGGAAACUUAAAUGUUAUCUUGGAAUGUAAAGGAAAUGUAAUCUUUAUUCUGUAGUCUCAAAAAUGAACAUAAUUUGAGAUUCUCCGAAUAAGCUACUUGGCUCUAUUUUUUUUUUAACGUUUGAAGGUAUUUGCAUAGCCUAAUAAUCACAUUUCUCUCGCUUUUUUAUCGUUU